GUACCUUUCAUGCGUGAUUUGCUCCAUCCUCGUGCCGCGGGCUGCGGGGCGAGAUGUACCUAUUUGGCUUCCAUAACAGACAACAAGCCGCCGCUCUUAGGGUGCUUCGACAUGUGGCAGGGAUUGUUGGCCGUAUUUUGCCGAUGAUUACCAAUCCCGCAGCGAAGACAAGUGACACUGCACGUGGCGGAACUUGCCGGCCUAAAAAUAGGUUUGGAAGUUUAAUAAAGCAAUCACAGGAGAGUGUGCGAAAUGGAUGUCUCCGUGGUGCUCAAGAACGUUGCCAUGACGACUGGGGAGGGUCCACAUUGGGAUGACAGGUGUCAUUCACUGUAUCAUGUGGACAUUAACUGUGGCGAUGUUCAUAAAUGGGACUCCAUCACUGGGGAGGACACAAAGGUACAUAUUGAUGGAAAUGUCGGAUUUGUGAUACCUCGGAAAUCUGGCGGUCUGAUCGUUGGUCAGAAUUUGUCAAUUUGUCACCUUGACUGGGACUCAAAGGCUAUCAAGGUGAUAGCAGAGGACAAGGAAUCGAAGGCGUUCCGGAUUAACGAUGCUAAAUGUGACGUCACUGGGCGACUGUGGGCAGGCAGUAUGCAGAAGACACGUCGUCCCCUGGAGGAGACCCCACAGCGCUGUGCUGCCCUCUACUCCCUAGAAACAGACGGACGGCUGGUGAAGCGAUUGACUGACGUCAGUCUGUCUAACGGACUCACCUGGAGCCCAGAUAACGCCAUCUUUUAUUACAUUGAUUCAAUUCCGAGAAAAAUCUACGCUUUCGAUUUCGACCCACAAACCGGUGAUAUUAGCAAUCAGCGGGAAGUGAGGGACGGAACUGACGGCUCUCUGGGCUUACCGGACGGGAUGACAAUAGACACGGAGGGAAAACUCUGGGUGGUGUGUUACGGGGAGGGUAAACUGGUCCGUAUAGACCCAGAAACAGGCAAAACUAUCCUAGACGUGCUCAUCCCCAAUGCCAAAAUGGUGACGUCAUGCUGCUUUGGUGGAAAGGAAAUGAAUGAACUGUUUGUUACCUCAAAACGCUACGGUCUCUCUGACGAUGAGUUUCAGUCAGAGCAGCCAUUGGCUGGAUCAGUGUUUAAGGUCAGGGGUCAAGGCAUCAAAGGCCUUCCAGCUUACAUGUACGAAGGAUAAAAUGGAUGACUGGUAUAAAGGUGUCUCAGACUAUUGUGUCAAGACAGACUUUGCAAAGAAUAACAAUGUCAUUGUUGGUGGCUGUGCUGAGUUCAGAUUCUAAUACUUCUACUAUUUUAAUAAUUAAUAUUCAACCGAAGUCUUUGGCUCGUCGCCGUCCUUUGACCAGUGAAGUCUCGGGUUUGUUAAGUCAGGAGGUUAGACAUGUCAUUACUCGGCAAAGACCCGUAGUUUUUCUCUGGAAACGCCUUCACCCAUCAAAAUGAAUUCGUUGUAUACGUGAAAAAUUCUUGAGCACGGUGUUCAACAUCAAUAAAAUAAAUAAGGUUACCAUCUGCUCUAUGUAAUAUAUAGGGUUAAGACCGACCUUUCCCACGAGUGACUUUUUUGUUGUCACCUAUCAAUGUCAGUAAACCAGAAAAUGCCACGAUCGUUUACUGACUCUGAAAUUAUUAACCAGGCUGUUACAUAUGAGGCUAAAUACAUACAGCAAC